AUGCAAGCACACAAGCCCGCACCAGCACCUGGAUUUUUAAACGCGAACUAUGCACCAGGAAAUCAAGUCCCCUAUGACUACCCUCAGCACGCACCUGGGACUUACCAAGGUGUCGCUGGCGCAGGGAGCUAUGGCUUCCAGGUACAGGCCACGAGUCCAGUUCCAGCUGGAUUUGCUGUUCCACCCAUCCAGAACCAGCCCAUCGUGAAGGAGGGGACAAUCUGGAUGCCCGUCCCUCCUCCUCUUCCCAACUGCCCUCCUGGACUGGAAUAUCUCACACAGAUUGACCAGAUAUUAAUUCAUCAGCAAAUUGAACUUCUUGAGAUUUUGACUGGCUUUGAAACAAACAACAAAUAUGAAAUCAAGAAUACACUGGGCCAAAGGGUGUACUUUGCAGCAGAGGACACUGAGUGUUGCACCAGGAAUUGCUGUGGGCCAUCACGACCCUUCACCCUCCGGAUUAUAGAUAACCUGGGUCACGAGGUGAUAACGCUGCAGAGACCCCUCCGGUGCUCUUCGUGCUGCUUUCCCUGCUGCUUACAGGAGUUAGAAGUUCAGGCGCCUCCAGGAACACCGGUUGGUUACGUUGUCCAGAACUGGCAUCCUUGCCUGCCAAAGUUUACCAUUCAAGAUGAGAAAAGAAUGGAUAUACUGAAAAUUACUGGCCCAUGUGUUGUCUGCAGCUGUUGUGAGGACAUUAAUUUUGAGGUGAAGUCUGUGGAUGAGACUUGUACUGUUGGGAGGAUUUCUAAGCAGUGGACUGGUUUUUUGAAAGAAGCUGUCACAGAUGCAGAUAACUUUGGAGUCACAUUCCCAAUGGACCUUGAUGUAAAAAUGAAAGCUGUCAUGAUCAGUGCUUGCUUCCUUAUCGACUUCAUGUUUUUUGAGCAUGCUGGUGAUAAACAACAGCGAACAGGAGUUUGGCAAUGAAAUCUAGAAGUUUUGUAUAAAAGGAUGAAGGACAUAAAUCUCCCAACUUUCCAGUGGAUUGCACAGCUCCAGUAAGAAUAUUAGAAGUGUACAUCUUGUGCUUGUAGUUAUAUUUCUAUACACUAAAAGCUUUAUGGUUGU